CAAGACAAGUACAAAAAUUAAUGACAACUCUACCAGAUAGAUUUAGAAUUAAGAUCACAUCAUUAGAGAGUUUUCAGAGAAUUCAAAACCUUAGCAUUGAUGAUCUUCUCAGUGAACUUUUUACCUUUGAAAUAAACCAUGGUUUUGACUUGAUGAGAGUAAGCAAAGGGAAAGGCUUAGCGUUAAAUGCCAAGGUUCGUGCUGCAGUUGCAGAAGAAAAAGAAGAAUCAGAUGAAGAAUCUUUUGAUGCCGAUGAGAUCACGAAGGCCCUCACUGUACUCACCAAGAAUGUCUCAAAACUGAAGAAAUUCCAUAAGAAAAUGUUCCAAGGAAAUAAGCCCUUUGAAGGUGGUAGGAACCUGAUUCAGAAGAUUGGAGGAAAGCGUUCCGACAUGCAACUGAACAAGUUUCAGAAUGCGAACCAAGGAGUUGAAAAAGACCAGUGUCGUGAAUGCAAAGGAUUUGGUCAUCUUCAAAAGGAGUGUCCAAACUUCAAGAAAAAGAAUAGAACAUACAAGGCUACGUGGUCCGACUACAAUGAUGAUAAGGAUGAAGAAUCAGAGAAGAUUGAGUAUUCUCACUAUUCUAAUGACUCUGCUAAAUGUCUUCUUAAUGAAUAUAACUACUUUACUUCUUCUGUUAAUCUCACUGAUGUUGAAUCUGAUGCAGGUUCUUACGCGAAUAAUUUGAGGGAUGCUGAAUCUGAUGAAUUUCUGACCCAGCUGCUGAGAAUUUUAAGUACCAAAAUCAAAAAAGGGAAAAUGAAGCUCAUGGAGCAUCGGUCUACUGAACAUGAGAAGGAGAUUAUCUAUCUGAAGGAUGAACUUCAAAAGAUGAGAGUGAUGACAGUUGAUCUGAACGAGAAGCUCAUCAAAUCAGACCUUCAUAUUGGGAAGCAAGACAAGAAUCUUAAUAGGUGCUUCGCAAAGCUCGCAUUGGUAGAACAUGGGGACAAACUCAACAAACAUGCAAGUGAUGAACAAAAUUUUACUAUUGAAUCCUUGCGUAAUGAGUUGUUU